CUUCACACAUUUAUACAGUCGCUUGUUCAUGUGGGGUUUGUCAGCAUCAAGUCCACAGGGAUCAGGUGAAGUCUGCCCCUGAGCGUCAAAAAUGGCACCACAAGCGCUGAGAAACUGGCACACUGAUCUCUGCGACUGUUGUGUGGACAUAGGCACUUGCUGCUAUGGCUUCUGGUGCUGCCCGUGUCUCGCCUGCACAGUGUCCAGUAAAUUUGAAUCCAACGCCUGCUUCCCAGUAUGUGACAUGUUGUGCCCCAUCGUGUCCGCCAUGGGGAUCCCUCUCAUCGUGCCUCCGGCCGGACUGUCCAUACGUGCGGCCAUGCGACACAAAUACGGCAUCAGGGGCGACCUCUGCAACGACACCUUACUGGCGUGCUUCUGUGUGAUCUGCAACUGGUGUCAGAUGCACCGGGAGCUGAAGAACAUUGAGAAAAAUCGACCGGUGGUGGUCAACGUGAUGACCAACACUGUGGUGCAGCAGCAGCCCCACAUGAUGAUUCCAGUCCAGACAGUCCCAGCUGUGAGCCCGCAAAACAUGGUGGUGAUGACACAGUGAGUUAGCUCGAGGACUUGCACUUCCUACUUCAUUGGGACUUCAAUCAAGUUUGUGAUCAAUAGAUUACCAAAGUCAAGCGUGUGAAAAUGUUUGUCAGUGUGUGAGAACGACUUUACAAGCAGUGACGUGUGAUUGUAGUUGCGUGUAAUUGCACUGGCGAGGACUCUUCCCAUUUAAAACCCAUCCUGACCGCCGGGUGGAACCACAGCAGCAGUGUUGAACAGCACACCAUCAAGCUCCUUCGAAAAAAAAAGCCUCUUUGUUUGACGUCACUCCCACACCUUCAGUGACAGAAGUUUGUGUACAAGUUAAGGUCUGUAGAAGUGUCUUAAUAAAUGUCCUCUUUGUGCAACAUUAAAA